UAGACAGUUUGUCUCAUUUUGAUUCUGAUUGCCGAUGAAAACCAUGAACUUCCAGAUACUUGUGCUGGCUUUUGCUGUGAUGAUUGUCACUAACAUCCAGUGUGAAGCACGACCUCAAGAGGGAAAGUCAGACAAAUCUGCAGAGGUCAAAGGCCAUGCUAUGCCUAGGAAAUGCAACUGCCAAGUGAGGGGAACUGCUCUGGAUCGGAACUGUGUCUGUGAGAUGCCACAUAAAUCUAGACCAACCCUCAGCCCAGAGCAGAAAAACAUGUGCUUAAAGAAGAGGAUUAAGACAUUUAGAAAAUGCCUGCAGUUGAUUGGUGCAAACAAGAAGAUCGCCAAAGGAGCCAGUUUGCCAAUAUAAGACCUUCUGGCAUUCACUGGCACACAGAAAGCUAUGUAUCUUUUACACAAUACCUAUAGCAGUGCAUACUGAAGUCGUGUAUACUCAACUAUUUUUGUAUCUGUAUUAUUAUGUAACAUUUAUUCAGUCCA